UAAUUUGUUUAGUUUCAUGUUUAUUAUAUGAUCUUCAUCCUUCCGUGGCAGGCUUGGAUCUCUCCAUGGGAUUAUUGCUUAGUAUUCGAAUCUUUUAAAUUGAUUCAUGAAUAUUAAUAAUAAAUCAUCCACUAUAGUUAAGAACUAAUCUUGUGUUCUCGAUGGCCCCUUAUUCUUCUCUAUCCUCUCCAAUUUGUAGUUGGCUUUUUGCUUCUUCCAUGCCUCCAAAAAGGCACAAGAAGCUUCUUUCAAGAUCAAGAUGCAGCAACAAUGGUUUUUCCAGCAAAACUAUAGCUGUUUCUUCGCAACAUGAGGACAAACUCAAGACAGAGAAGCUGCAGAGAAAAGUUACAGUGACUGGUAUGGGUGUGGUUACACCAGUUGGUCAUGAUCCGGAUGUGUUUUACAGUAACCUUCUUGAAGGUGUUAGUGGCAUAAGCGAGAUAGAAGGCUUUGAAUGUUCUAAGUUUCCCACUAGAAUUGCUGGAGAGAUCAAAUCUCUCUCAACAGAUGGUUGGGUAUCUCCAAAACAUGCUAAGAGAGCAGACAAAUUCAUGCUUUAUAUUCUCACUGCUGGCAAGAAAGCCCUGGCAGAUGGUGGAAUUACUGAGCAAGUCAAUCGAGAGUUUGAUAAAAUUAAAUGCGGGGUUCUGAUCGGCUCUGCAUUGGGAGGCAUGAAAACUUAUUAUGAAGGAGUAGAAGCAUUGACGAUUUCGUAUAAGAAAGUGAACCCUUUUGCUUUGCUUUAUUCAACAACCAAUUUAGGUUCUGCUGUUUUAGCAAUGGACUUGGGAUGGAUGGGCCCAAACUAUUCAAUCUCUUCAGCUUGUGCAACAGGCAACUCUUGUAUACUCAAUGCAGCACAUCACAUAAUCAAGGGUGACGCAGACAUCAUGCUUUGCGGGGGUUCUGAUGCAGCAAUUAUUCCUGCAGGCUUAGCAGGUUUUGUGGCCAGCAGAGCUCUUUCAAAGAGAAAUAAUGAUCCUACUAAAGCUUCACGCCCCUGGGAUGCUGAUCGUGAUGGAUUGGUUAUGGGAGAAGGAGCUGGAGUUUUGCUUUUAGAAGAGAUGGAACAUGCCAAGAGAAGAGGUGCAAAAAUAUAUGCAGAGUUUGUGGGUGGAAGCUUCAGUUCUGAUGCUUACAACAUCGCUGAGCCUCAUCCUGAUGGGAUGGGUAUAGUUUCCUGCAUAGAGAAGGCCUUGGCACAAUAUGGGGUUGCAAGAGAAGAUGUAAACUACAUAAAUGCGCAUGCUUCAUCAACACCAGUGGGUGAUCUGAUAGAAUACCAAGCUUUAAUGCAAUGUUUUGGACAGAAUCCAGAGCUAAAAAUGAACUCCACAAAAUCCAUGAUUGGUCACCUUCUGGGAGCUUCAGGUGCUGUGGAGGCAGUUGCCACAGUCAUGGCAAUAAGGACAGGAUGGCUACAUCCAAACCUCAAUCUGGAAAAUCCAGACAAAUUUGUGGACAGAAAAGUACUUGUUGGCUGCAAGAAGGAAUGUUUGGACAUUAAAGUUGCAUUGUCGAACUCAUUCGGAUUUGGUGGACACAACUCAUCCAUCUUAUUUGCACCUUACAAACAAAAUUGAUGCGUAAACUCAUUGCAUAUGUACAAAGUCGAUUGAGCAUAUUUUCAGCUCUGUAAUCUCUUAGCUGGUGGAUUUUGUUUCAAUGUUAAAUAAUCCACCUCAUAAUUUCCAUUAACUAUUCAUUCUACGCUUCUCUUUUUCCCCUUUUCCUUCA